UGCUUGUAUCUAACUAAUGACGUCUGUCUGAGCUAACAGUUAGCCGGCUAGCAGCGCCAAAGAUCGUUUAAGUGACGGCGAUGACUCACUCAGAACCUCUGAAGCGCCGACCUCCCAAUUCAGCUGCAGAGCGACAACCUGCAAAGCUCGGCUCAGACGCACAGUUUGUGGCUCCAGUUGAAUUCGGUCCGGAUCAGGUGAAGUUGAUGUGAACAGUUUCCUGCAGACAGCGUGAUCCGGAACUGCGGCUGCGCGUGUGGUUCUGGUUGUUGUGAGACUUUCGCCCUCCGGGACAAGCUGCGGGACAUGCCGGGGUUCGUGGCGUUCCUGACCGCCCUUGCGCUCCUCUCCUCCGGGCGCUGGACCUCCGCGGCUGGGCUGGACCUGCAGAACUCUGCGGCCGUGGAGCAGAUUCGGUUCGGCUGCCCGGGCCGCUGUCGGUGCGGGGUAGACGGGCUGCACAGAGUGGACUGCUCGGACCUGGGGCUCCGACAGAUACCGAGCAACCUGAGCGUCUUCACGUCAUACCUAGACCUCAGCAUGAAUAAUGUGACUGUGCUGCCCAGCGGAGCGCUGUCCAGCCUUCACUUCCUGGAGGAGCUACGUCUGGCGGGAAACGAUCUGUCGUUCAUCCCCAGAGGAGCCUUCGCCGGCCUCUACAACCUCAAAGUGCUGAUGCUUCAGAACAACCAGCUGCGAUCGGUUCCCGCCGAGGCCUUUCACAACCUGCACAACCUGCAGUCACUGCGCCUGGACGCCAACCACAUCUCCGCGGUCCCGGCCGGCUGCUUCUCCGGGCUGCGCGCGCUCCGUCACCUGUGGCUGGACGACAACGCUCUGAGCACGGUGCCGGUGGAGGCUCUGAGCGAGCUGCCCGCCCUGCAGGCCAUGACGCUGGCCCUCAACCGCAUCAGCCACGUCCCCGACCGCGCCUUCAGCAGGCUGGCCCGCCUGGUGGUGCUGCAUCUCAACAACAAUGGGAUCGUUUCCAUGGGAACCAAAUGCUUCCAGGGACUGCAGAGUUUGGAGACGCUGGACUUGAACCACAACAGUUUGCUGGAGUUUCCCAUGUCCAUCCGCUCGCUGACGCGCCUCAAGGAGCUCGGUUUCCAUAGCAACAACAUCCAGACUAUCCCGGAGCAUGCCUUCACUGGGAACCCUGCGCUGACCACCAUAUUCUUCUACAACAACCCCAUCCAGUUCGUGGGACGCUCGGCCUUCCAGAACCUGCCAGAGCUUCGCACGCUCUCCCUGAACGGAGCAGCACAUCUCACCGAGUUUCCAGAUCUGACGGGAACCGAGAGCCUGGAGAGUCUGACCAUCACUGGAGCUCACAUCACGUCUCUGCCCAGCUCGGUGUGUGAGCAGCUUCCCAACCUGCAGCUGCUGGACCUCUCCUCUAACCAGAUCCAGACGCUUCCCAGCUUCUCCGCGUGUGAGAGCAUCCAGAAGAUCGAUCUGCACCAUAAUGAGAUCGAGGAGCUGCAGGAGAACACCUUCCACGGCCUGAUGGCGCUGCGCUGCGUGGAUCUGUCGUGGAACAGGCUGUCGUCAGUGAAGCUGAACUCCUUCUCGGCUCUGCCGGCUCUGACCAGACUUGACCUGUCGUCCAAUCAGCUUUCAGCUCUGCCUCUCGCUGGCCUUCAGAGUUUAACGCACCUGCGACUGUCUGGAAACGAUGACCUGACGGAGUUGAUCCGUGGGGAGGACCUCCCCCGGCUCAGGGUGAUGGAGGCUCCCUACGCCUUCCAGUGCUGUGCCUUCACCUCCUGUGAGCGGGGAGCAGGGGGCGGUUCCUCCUGGGAGCGAGAGGAGGCCGCGGAGCCCUCAGCCCUGUCCAGCCCGGAUCCCGCCUGGGACGACGUCCUGAUGGAGUCUGAGGAUGAAGCGAAGCCUCCGCCGUCUGUCCACUGCAGCCCGGCGCCCGGCCCGUUCCGGCCCUGCCUGCACCUCCUCGGCAGCUGGUUGGUCCGCGGCGGCGUGUGGCUCAUCGCGGCGCUCUCGCUGCUCGGCAACUGCCUGGUCGUCCUGUGCGUGUUCUGCUCCGGCAGCGCUCUGGCUGCACCCAGGCUCCUGGUGGGGCUGCUGGCGCUGGUCAACGGCCUGAUGGGCGUGUGGAGCGGGUGGCUGUCGGCGGUGGACGCCUGGACCUUCGGCAGCUUCUGGAGGUACGGAGCCGAGUGGGAGAGCAGCUUCCUGUGUCGCCUCGGCGGCUUCCUGUGCGUGUUCGCGUCUCAGACCGGCACCUUCCUGCUCACCGUGGCGGCUGUGGAGCGAUGCCUGGCCGCCGCUCGGCUGCAGGGCGACGGGCGCGGCGGUGGCGCCUCGGUUCCGCUCGCCGUCCGCCUGUCCGUCUGUCUGUGCUUCCUGCUGGGUCUGGCCGUCACGCUGCCUCACCUGGUGGCCGGACACAGUAGCACCUCCCUCUGUCUGCCGCUGCCCUCCUCCUCCUCCUCCUCCUCCGCGUCUCUGGCUCUGUCGGUGGCGCUGGUGCUGCUGGACUCGCUGUGCUUCCUCGUCAUGACGCUGGCCUACACCCGCCUGUACUGCCGGGCUCACAAAGCCCGCGUGGCCUCAGAGGAGGAGGCGGCGCUGACCCGACACGUAGCCUGGCUGCUGUUCUCCGACUGCCUCCUCUACCUCCCGGUGGCCUUCCUCUCCUUCUCCUCGCUGCUGCGCAUCUCCAGCGCGGGGCCCGAGGCGGCCAAGGCCGUGCUGCUGCUGGUGGCGCCGCUGCCCGCCUGCGUCAACCCGCUGCUCUACCUGUUCACCCCGCUGGCCCGGGAGGAGCUGGCCGCGCUGGCCAAGCGCACCUGUGGAGCCGUGGUGGCACCGAGGCUAAAAGCCGGAGGAGGAGGAGGAGGAGGAGGAAGGUUGAAGCCAGGCACGCUGGACUCAACCUAUGACGAGGAUGUGGAGAAGCAGUCGUGUGACUCGACGCAGGCGCUGGUGAUCGUUGGAGGCGUAAAGGACGAAGAGGAGGAGGGAGGAAGCAGCGAGACCCAAGGUUCAGCGGUGCUCGUCGGCCCUCAUCACUAAACUGAGGCUCCGCACAUGAAAGCAGCUGAACAAUGAAUCUUCCCCAGGGAACCCGCAGAGCAGCGAGCCGCCAGACGUUCACGUCUCCAUCACGUUCACACAGGCUUCGUUUGCUCCACAUUUUACACCGACGCUCUGAUUCUCUCCUAAUUAACAGACUGCAGCGGAACGUCCCGGUUCUGGUUCUGGCUGCAGCAGCGUGAGGCGCACAAACGCACCACAGCGUCGCGUCGCCAAACAUCCACCAAAUGUCCUGCCCUCCUACCAAAUGCCGCUGGGCCGUGUGUGUUCUGAAGCGCGUGUCAAAACCGCGGCCGACGUGCGAAUUGUGUCACAGCCUGAAAACAGGAAUCCCAAGACAAACGGGAUUCGAAAGAACGCAUCCGUAGACUGAGAUCAGAUCAUUGAAGUGAUGAAAUAAAGGCGUGGAGCGACUUUCCCCUGCUCGUCGGCUGGAGACGCGUGACUGUGUGAAUGUAUGAGUGUGCACCGUGUUCAUGUAAAUACCAGGAUCGUCUCAGUGGUGACCUGUAGAGUUCACUGGGCUCCAGAACCUGGAACCUCAUCUUUAAAAUGGCUCAGACGUUCCCGUCCUGUUGUAAACUUCUGUAAAUGCUCAAAAUGUUUUAGAUUUUGAUGGAUACGAGUAGAUUUCAUUUGUAGUAAUGUAAUAAAUAAAUGGAUAGUACAAAU